UUGCCUCUCAGGUUCAAAGUAUUUCGCUACUGUUACCUUCACUAACUAGCUUUACAAUUAAGCCCUUAUAUUUAGGUAUAUGUAAAAGAGAAUGACAAUUAGCAUUAAGGCCAGUUUGGAAUUAGUAUCUGCUGAUACUGAUGGAGGCAAGAUUUGUCCAAAGCCAGAGAGCAGCCUUUGACACCAUGGUGCCCCUCCUUUUGAAGCACCUGGCUACCUCCCUGACUCACCAAGUGGCCCAGAUGAGCCGGUUAAAUAUGACCUUCUCCUCACCAGCAGCUAGUGCUUACAGAUGUCUCUGCACCCUCACCACAGCUCCCCGCACACUGUUCCUGUCAUCAACCAGAGUCAGCUCCAUCCAGCCCCCCUCGUCUGGCUCCACUGCUCAGUGUGGACCACCUCUGUUGGGACAGUGCCAGUAUCUUCCCUGCAUCCAGCCCUCUGCAGGGAUGAAAACCAAGUCUGCCCUGAAGAGGCGCUGCAAAGACUGUUUCUUUGUGCGACGGAGGGGACGUUUGUUUGUGUUCUGCAAGACAAAUCCGAGACACAAACAGAGGCAGGGCUAAAGUGUUGAAGGAGUAUUAAGAAGAUUGUUUUAAGAUUGUAGACAUUUAGAAGAACUGUGCUGCAAAAAUAAAUGGUUUGGCUUAAGAAUAUGCAUAGCUCAUGACA